GUUACCUGAUGUAUAAUGUAUCUUGCUUUUAUUAUCAAAUAUUAUAAUGCAAACAGUACAAAGCUGAAAAUUUCACACGUGGCUAUGGACUCCAAUCAUUUCAUGGAAAUUUCCUGUUGUGCUUCUGUACUAACUCACCUUAAGGCCAUGGCUUAUAAAGUGUUGUACAUGGCAAUUGUUAUCUGUACCGUUUGUUACGUUGGAAAAGCGGAAUGGUUUUCUUCAAUGGAGCAAAUAACUGACCUGCUACGUCACGAGAAUACGAUGCUUCCUGCACUGCAGCGAUUCGUCGAUGCGAAAAGGAAACAACUCGCACAACUACAAGACUUGGUAGAUACCUUGCGUGAUGUAUCUGACAAGGUGUCAAUAAAUAAAGAAGAAUAUAUAUCACAUCCGAUCAACCAAUAUCAUCUCAUCAAAAGAUUUGCGAAUGAUUGGACGCAGAUUGCAGCUUUGCUGCAAACGUUUAACAAAACUAGUUUUAAAUUUGUUCAAAAAUUUAAAAAAGCGAAGACAUUAUUUCCGAAAGAUGAAGAUAUGAAAGGAGGAACUGAGGGCAUACUCAGAGUUCAAAUCACAUACAAUCUCAAUGCAAGUGAUUUAGUUGAAGGAAAUAUUGCUGGUAAAUAUUCAUUCCUAAAUUUAAGCACUGACGAUUGCUACCGGAUUGGGAAGACCGCUUUACGUGGUGGUUUAUUUGGUCGUUGUGUUGAAUGGAUCGAGUUAGCUUUACAAAGAUUCGAGGAAGGAAAGUCUACUUUUACCAAAAGAAACGCCACAGAAUACCUAGAUAUUUGUGAAUUUGCUAUUAGUAAAAAUGAAACCAAGUACAUCAACCACCUUGAUGCUGAUCCUGAAAACACAAGAAUUUUAGGAAACCGAAUUCGCUUCACUCGACAUGCUCGGGUACAGACGCAAGAGGUUGUGGAUGAUAAGUUUUACACUUUCUCUGUAGAUGAAACUUUUUUCAAACUUUGUCGAGGUGAACAAACACUGACAAAAAAGAAACAACAUAAGAAGCUUCGUUGUUAUCUCUCUACUAACAUGGGGAAUCCCAAACUCCUUAUUCGUCCAGUAAAAGUUGAAGAAUUAUCAAAAUCUCCAGAUAUAGUUCAAUUUCACGACGUUUUGUCAGAUACAGUAAUUAACGAAAUUAAAAAGUUGGCUAAACCGCAGCUUUUCCGUGCUAUUCAUGCUGGUAGUGAUGACACAGAUUUACAAAAAGCACCAUACAGAAUCACCAAACUGGCGUGGUUGCUUGACGACGAUGGACCAGAAGUAGCGAAAAUAACCGAAAGAAUUUCGGACAUCACAGGAUUGACGUUAAACACAUCUGAAGAAAUACAGGUGGCCAACUACGGCGUUGGAGGAGAGUACCCUCCACACUUUGACAUACCCACGACCGAUGAAGAACGUGAUGAUCUCAAAUCACAAGAUGGCGAGAGGAUCGCUACGUUUCUUAUUUACUUAAGUGACGUCGAAGUGGGAGGUCGAACUGCCUUUGUGAAUGCAGGGGUUUCGGCCAAACCGAUCAAAGGAAGCGCUGUGUUCUGGUACAACGUGUUUCCUUCUGGUGAGCCUGACCUACGAACUUACCAUGGAGCUUGUCCAGUGGCCUUUGGGAACAAAUGGGCCGGCAACAAGUGGAUUCGGGAAGCUGGUGAAAUGUUUCGUAGAAAAUGUGAAUUGGACAGAUAUGCAGACAGUAAAAUAUGUUACAACAAAAUAUAAUUACAUGAUGUGUGCCAAGUGGUAAAGUUCGUAAUAAUCACGAAAUAAUGUUCGUAAUAAAGACAAAUUGCAGGGUU